AUAGGCAUUUAUUUAUAUAUACCGCUGCGUCCAUCCUUGUCCCAGAGCUUCUUUAGUUCUCUUUAGCCACAUGCCGCUAUAAAUCGCCAGACCCCGCCAUCAGAUCCCCAAACCCGGUCAUCGGCAUUUCAAUCAAGAGAUUCCAUCCUUCUCACAAGCUCUUCUUUUCUUCUUCUUCCUCUUCUUAAAUUUGACUUGAUUCAACUCUUUAUGCAACGGCCGUUUCUUCUCUUCCGGUGUCGGCCCUUUAUCCCGCCUCUCUCAUCCCAGCCAAGCUCCAGAUUCUCUCGUCCUCUCUACCGCUCUCUUUCACAUUCCACUCCUCCCAUCACAUCCAAAAUGGCUGCUGCUACAGAAAUGCGGUUCAAGAAUCCCGCCAUCUUCGUCUGCGAUAUGCAGGAAAAGUUCCGCAACGCCAUCUACGAAUUUGAUAGCAUCGUCACCACCACCGUCAAGCUCCUCACCUACGCCCAGAACCUCUCCAUCCCUGUCUACGCAACUACCCAAACAUCCGCUAAGCUGGGCGCCACCGUCCCCGCCAUCGCCGACAUGCUGGGCGUCUCCGAAGUCCACGACAAGACAAAGUUCUCCAUGGUCGUCCCCUCCAUCGCCGCCAGCCUCGCGCCCGGCUCGCGCAUCGCCCUCGUCGGCAUCGAGACGCACAUUUGCAUCACGCAGACGGCGCUGGACCUGCGCGACGCCGGCCACUUCCCAUAUGUCAUCGCCGACGGCGUGAGCUCGUGCAACAAGGGCGAGGUGGGCAUUGCGCUGGACCGGCUGCGGAGCGAGCCCGGCAUUGCCGUCACGUCGAGCGAGAGCUGGAUGUACGAGUGCUUGGGCGAUGCGUCACAUCCCCUGUUCAAGGGGCUGUUUACCGUGGUCAAGGGCAAGCUGAGCGAGACAAGCAAGGUGUUGAGUGUGCUGCCGCCGUCCAAGAUUUGAAUUGGGGACAUGAUUGCUUUAAUGGGCGGGGGAGAGUCAACUUGUAUCACAUGUUCUACUUUAUUCACUCGGGUGGCUUCAUUGUUUUGGGAGCAUUUAAUAAAAAGUAUUUUACAGACCUAACAAAUGAUGUUGGGGCAUUCUACUUUUUCAAUUCCUACCUAGCUAUGACAGUAGACAAGACAGACGGCUACAGACCUGAGUCAGAGCAGCCAUUGUAUAGCUUGCACCUGUCAUGGCUGUAUCGCCUAAAGAUCCAUCCCAUGCUGCUGCUGCUGCUGCUGUUGAGAAUCAAUUACCCCUUGUUUAUUCCUUAAAAACUUGGCGCAACUCCAGGCGCUUUACUCUGCCGCAGUCGUCGUCUUGGUAGACUUUGCUGUUCCCGGUGGUGUCAUCCACGAAAAGGCUGACGCUACUCCGACAGGAUUAUUCGCCGACCUUGGCAACGACACCGAACCCGAAGCCGCCCGAC